GUUGUAGGGUUUAGGUUUAUAGUCCCCGCUGCCCUCGUUGCUUGACCGCUUCGAAUCUCCACCCCGGCCUUUCUACACUCCGCUUGGAACAUCCGAGAAACGUACAGCAGAACUGCUCCAACGAUUACGUAUUUCCGGCGCCUCUGCUAGAGCUAGGUCAUGCUCCAACUUUACCGGAGCAGUAGCUCCAUAGAGUGGAAGCCGUCGCCGGUGGUGGCUCUUGCCACCAGCGCCGACGACUCCCAAGUCGCCGCCGCCCGCGAAGACGGCUCGCUCGAGAUUUGGCUCGUCUCCCCCGGCUCCGUCGGCUGGCACUGCCAACUGACGAUACAUGGAGACAGCGAAUCGAGAGUUUCAUCCCUUGUAUGGUGCCGGUCCCGCUCAACCUUCUCGCCGACCGGUCGGUUGUUUUCUUCUAGUAUCGAUGGAUCGAUAUCGGAAUGGGACCUUUUCGAGCUGAAACAGAAGAUUGUGCUAGACUCUAUUGGAGUCUCCAUUUGGCAGAUGGCUGUAGAGCCAUAUAAUGGUUUAUUGACCCAUACAGGGGACAAGCCCAUCGCAAAUGGACAUGCUAAUUAUAGAAUGGGUGAACAUGAUGAUCAUGAAACAAGUGAGAGUGAAGAUGAUGCUGACUCAGUUGAGCUUCAUGAACAACAAAGCAAUGAAGAUAUGAAUUUAGCAAUUGCUUGUGAUAAUGGUUUGUUGCGUCUGUACAGUAUUUCUGACUCAGAAAAGUUGACAUACAUUAAAUCAUUUACAAGGGUCAGUGGUCGUGUUCUAAGCGUGGCAUGGAGUCUUGAUGGGAAUUUGAUAUAUUCAGGGAGUAGUGAUGGGUUCAUUAGAUGCUGGGAUGUUAAACUGGCUCAUGAAAUCUAUAGGAUAACUGUUGGGCUUGGAGGUUUGGGUAGUGGGCCCGAUGUUUGCAUCUGGUCAUUACUUGCACUGAGGUGUGGGACUCUUGUUAGUGCAGAUAGUACAGGUAGUGUUCACUUUUGGGACAGUCAGCAUGGGACCCUUCUGCAGGCUCAUUCUUAUCACAAAGGUGAUGUCAAUUCUCUAGCAGCAGUUCCUAGCCAUAACAGGGUGUUUUCUGCUGGUUCUGAUGGACAGGUUAUACUCUACAAGCUCUCUAAUGACUCUGUGGCUUCUGGUGAAGAAAAUUCCCCUGCAAAAAUGAUGAAGAGAUGGGUAUAUGUUGGUUAUGUCAGGGCUCAUUCACAUGAUGUGAGAGCCUUGACAGUUGCAGUGCCAAUAAGUCGAGAAGAUCUAUUGCCUGAGGAAAAGGGGAAAAGAGCUCGUGGGGUGGAGAAGCCAAUUGCUUUUAGUUACCACAAGUGGGCCCAUCUGGGGGUUCCUAUGCUUAUAUCAGCUGGUGAUGACACUAAGCUCUUUGCAUAUUCUGCCAAGGAGUUCACCAAGUUCUCUCCCCAUGAUAUUUGCCCUGCACCACAGAGAGCACCCAUUCAAUUGGUGGUGAAUACUACAUUUGACCAGAUGCCAUUGGUCCUAGUACAGGCUUCUCAUUGGUUGGAUAUUCUUUCUGUUCGAGUAAAAGGUGGUGCUGUUCCUGGUACUUCUGGUGGUCUUGCAACAACAGAUUUACUGGCCCGUGUUAAGAGUAAGGCAUCUCGAAAGAUUAUUUGCAGCACCAUUUCUACUUCAGGGUUGCUUUUUGCUUACUCUGACCAUGUGAAACCCAGUCUGUUUGAGUUAAAGAGGUCUGAAGUUGGAAAACGUGCAUUGACUGUUAACAAAAGGCAGCUUCCUUUAGGUCUACCAUUUGCUCAUUCCUUGAUUUUCAGUUAUGAUUCUUCCCGGUUGAUAAUUGCAGGAAAUGAUAGAAGGAUAUAUGUCGUGGAUGUGGGAAAUGCCGAACUUGUAUGUACCUUUACACCGUGUCGGAGGGAGCACGCUGAGGAAUUGCCACCUUCUGAGCCUCCCAUAACAAAAAUGUUUAUCAGUUCUGAUGGGCAAUGGCUAGCUGCCAUUAAUUGUUUUGGGGAUAUUUAUGUGUUUAAUCUGGAGAUACAAAGGCAGCAUUGGUUCAUAUCUAGAUUGGAUGGUGCCUCUGUUGCAGCUGGUGGGUUUAGUCCUGGGAGCAGCAAUGUGCUUAUCAUCUCCACAUCUUCAAACCAAGUGUAUGCCUUUGAUGUGGAUGCCAAACAAUUAGGUGAAUGGUCAUUGCGUCACACAUUCGUUCUGCCCAGGAGGUAUCAAGAAUUCCCUGGAGAAGUUAUCGGGCUUUCAUUCUCACCAUCCUCAAAUUCGUCUUCAGUUAUUAUAUACAGUGCCAGGGCAAUGUGCUUGAUUGACUUCGGGAUGCCAGUUGAUCGAGAUGACGACAUUGACUUGGUAAAUGGUUAUGAUCCAUCCUUGAAGAAAUUACAAAAUCCUCCCAUUAACGGAAGAUUGAAACGGAAAAUAAAACACCAAGAAGAUACUCUGCACAAAACUAGAAAGAAUUUUGAAUUUUGUGCUUUCCGAGAUCCAGUUUUAUUUGUUGGACACCUCUCAAAAAAUUCCGUCUUGAUCAUAGACAAGCCAUGGAUGCAAGUGGUAAAAUCUUUAGAUACCCCGCCAGUUCACAGACAUAUAUAUGGUUCAUAAAACUGCUUGUUGUUCAAGUUGGUGUUUUAGCAGCUUGAUAGGUAGGAGAGUUAAAAUGUAGCUGCUGUUGAUCCCCCCUUCUGCUCAAUGUUCCCACCAAGGGGUCUAAAGCAUGUUGUGUAAUAUGUUCUUAUUACCAAAGCAAAUUUUGUUUUAUUAGUGAGUUGGGCGGGCAUUUCUUUGUUCUCUCUAUGCCUGAUCCGGUAAUAUUUCCCAGUUUUUUGGUCC